CGCAGAAGCUCUCCGACUUCUGGCAGCAGUCGAAGCAGCUGUGCGGGAAGAACAAAGCUCACAAUAUCUUCCCCCACAUCACGCUCUGCCAGUUCUUUAUGUGCGAAGACAGCAAAGUCGAGGCACUCUGUGAAGCUCUCCAUGCUACUGUGACCCGGUGGCGGUGCAAGUUCCCCGUCCCUUUGCCCCUGGAGCUCUACACCUCAUCCAACUUCAUUGGGCUCUUUGUCAAGGAGGACAGCGCAGAGGUCCUCAAGAAAUUUGCCGCAGACUUUGCUAUGGAAGCCACUUCUAAAGCCGAUGUCCACGUGGAACCCCACAAGAAGCAGCUCCACGUCACCCUGGCCUAUCACUUCCAAGCCAGCCACUUGCCGACGCUCGAGAAGUUAGCUCAGAGCAUAGACGUCAAGCUGGGCUGCGACUGGGUGGCCGCAAUAUUCUCCCGGGAUAUUAGAUUUGCCAAUCAUGAGACCCUCCAGGUGAUCUACCCAUACACCCCACAGAACGAUGACGAGCUGGAGCUGGUCCCGGGGGACUUCAUCUUCAUGUCUCCCGUGGAGCAAGUCACCACCAGCGAAGGCUGGAUUUACGGCACUUCGCUGGCAACAGGGUGCUCUGGGCUGCUGCCCGAGAAUUACAUCACCAAAGCAGAUGAGUGCGGCACAUGGGUGUUCCAUGGGUCAUAUUCCAUUCUGAACGCCACUUCGUCCCCCUCCCUCCUGAUGUUCACUGACGGAGUGAUGGAUCGAAGGUUGCAGGAAGACCAAGGACCAGGGGAUACUGGGCCCCUCACAAUCUUCUGCCAGAGCAUGCAGCCCUUAAGGAUCGCCAACUCACCUGGGCCACAGAAGAGGUGCCUUUUCGUUUGCCGACAUGGCGAAAGAAUGGACGUUGUGUUUGGGAAAUACUGGCUCUCACAGUGUUUUGAUGCCAAAGGAAGGUACAUGCGGACAAACCUGAAUAUGCCUCACAGCCUACCUCAACGGAGUGGUGGUUUCAGGGAUUAUGAAAAGGAUGCCCCCAUCACCGUGUUUGGCUGCACUCAAGCACGGCUUGUGGGUGAGGCCCUCCUUGAAAGUAACACAGUCAUCCACCACAUCUACUGUUCCCCGUCACUGCGCUGCGUACAGACUGCACACUAUAUUUUGAAAGGCUUGCAGCAGGAAAAUAAUCUGAAGAUUCGUGUAGAGCCGGGCUUAUUCGAGUGGACGAAAUGGGUCGCUGGGAGCUCCCUGCCUGCCUGGAUACCUCCAGUGGACUUAGCGGCAGCCAGUUUGAGUGUGGAUACAACUUAUAGACCUCAUAUACCGGUGAGCAAAUUAGGCAUUUCAGAGUCAUACGAUACAUACAUCAGCAGAAGCUACCAAGUAACAAAAGAGAUCCUAAGUGAAUGCAAAGCCAAAGGGAAUAACAUUUUGAUAGUGGCCCAUGCAUCCUCCCUGGAAGCUUGUACUUGCCAACUGCAAGGACUGUCUCCUCAGAAUUCCAAGGACUUUGUACAGAUGGUCAGAAAGAUUCCAUACUUGGGUUUCUGUUGCUGUGAAGAACUUGGAGAGACGGGUCUCUGGCAACUUACUGACCCACCCAUCCUCCCUCUCACACAUGGACCAACCGGCGGCUUUAACUGGAGAGAAACUUUGCUACAAGAAUAAGAAAGGGCGACCAAAGUGCUGGCCUUUCAAAAGACUGGAGAAUGUCUCAUGUAUUGGAACUCUUCCCCCUCUCCCCCUUCUAAUUACUGAUGAUGGAGAAAAUUAUUCAUAACCUUUUAGAUGGAUUUGAAAAAAUAACACUCUAGCAUAUCUUCCACAGAGUGGCAUUCGUGCGUCUAGAAAAAUAGCUCAAUAUAGACGUAUGCUUGGAUUGUGGAACAAUAUAUGUGUACUCAAACACUCUCUCGUUCUCUCUUCAGGCUUCUCUACAGCAGAAAUGUCUUUGUGACGUAAGCUACUGAGCUUUAAUAUAUAAUUUUUUUAAAAAAAAAAUAUGAAUUAAGCUCCAGGGAGGAGAACCAGUUUUCACUGCCUUCUGUAUAACAUUAGUGACAAUUAGGACUGUGUUCUAAAUUGUGGACUUCUCUGUUUUGUUGUUUGUUAGAUUUUUAAUUUUUCACAGGAUUGACCUUUGCCGUUUCAUUCCGAGUCAUUUCUGGUAAAGUACACCCCACACCGUAUUUUGCUAAGUUAUUAUAUGUGCCACAUCUACAUUCCACAAGAUUGCCCCCAAAACAUGUGACGGAAGGAAGUGGAAUGGCUCCCCCGAUCAGAACUAGUGUAGAAUUAUGUGCCUCAGGGGUUUGGUUUUUUUGUGUGUGUUUUUUCUGACAAUCUGUAGAUCAGUAUACAUUUCAGUAGAUCUGUUGAGAUUUCAGCAGACCUGAAAAUAGCAGAAUAGAUUCAGAAACCUGUGUGGAGAAACCACCACUGAUACAGGGUGACCGCAAGGAGCCAAGCAUCCGUUGUGCUCGCUUUUUUAAUGUGGGGUCUGACGGGGAAUUUGUGCAAUUGGAGGAUCUGGUUUUUUAAAAAAAAAAAAAAACAUAGCAUAGCUAGUGUACUGCCACCAUUGGAGCAUUGUAAAUAUUUCAGAUAUCUUUGAAAUGAGCCCAAAGGGAUCUUGGUGGGGACAGAAUUGUUAUGAGGAAGGGCUCAUUCACACAUCGCUUUGGUCUCCCAGUACUUGAUAACUCUUAACAAGGUGGCCUUCUGUUUUGAGCAUCGUGCUUAGAGGUCAUAUGGAAGCUUCAUCUCUGGUGUUUGAACCUUGGUGGCUUUCUCACACAGGCAAAGCAUCUCUUGUGACAAACAUGCAUGCUCAGCAGUGCCGGCCAAGGCUGGUGGUAUGAGCUCUGUUGACAUGCCCCCUAAUGGCAACUUCCCAUGCUUACAGAUUAUUUCCAUGUUUCCUUAUAUUUUGCACGAUGACCGGUCCCUUGGACAAGGGCUGUUAAGGGCAUGCCUCUCACCCAUUUGCAUUUUUUACUUGCAAUAUGACGAUUCCUUUCUGUAACAGGCCCAAAUCCAAAUGCCACGCAAUUCCAGAGAAGCCACCUUUCGGACUCCUAGAGCUGAACAAAAGUAGAAAUGCAUGACCCCCCCCCCCAAAAAAGGAGAGAGGACAAAAGUGGGCACUGAUUUGCAUAAUCUUUGCAUCUGUUUAUUUAUAUGUAUAGAUGCACAUUGAGAAAUAGAAAUUAAGUACAUCUCACCAUGGUGGAGAAGACUGUGACCAGGGGAUCUGGGUGCCUCCUCCAUCUCCUGUCCUGGUGCUAUCAGUAGAUGGGCAUCUUCAAGGCCCCUCAGCUGCUCUCCCUUCUUAGCAUUCUUUAUCAUUAAACUGGAUUUGGACCGGACAGCCCUUCAAACAGAAGACUACACUCCAUAAAGUAGGAACAAAGGGCCACCCUAGCAGACAACCAAUUUUUAAAGUAAUGACCACUAUUAGCCGAGAGUUUGUUGUUAUUGCUAUUGUUCAGGGCACACACUCACAUUACCGUAGCCUAUAUUUUUGUGAAGUUUGCACUCCCAAACUUGCUGUGUAAGAAAACACUCUUGGCAAGUGAGCUCUGUCUUCAAAAGGACCGCUGGGGCGCUUUAGUCAAGUCAGCAAAUCACAUUUAUCUGAGUUAGUCAUUGGUUUCGUCAGAUGUACCCUGGCAAGUGAGGAAGAGGGAGCUGUUGUGUACAUGUCGUCAAGCCCAGUGGCACCACUUGGCACCCCUGGGAAGCUUCUGGGGCCCAGUGCCCCACAAGGCCCACUACUGAUACCUGCCAUGGGAAACCAUUAGACCUUUUUUUGCCCAGUUCCAGGCCACCAUUUUUAUGUCCCACAAUGCUCCCGUUGUAGAAGCAUUCCAAGGCAUUAUGGGAAAUUAAAAUGGUGGCUUCCAGACACCCAGUAGGUUGCCGGAAAGCUAUUGGACCGUUACAGCCGCUGCCCUCAUUUGCUGCCAUUGCCAGGUAACCCCAGCAGGGGGCCUACCAGAGUGCACCUUAAAGGUCCCCUCAAACCUGGAGCCUUGACAAGCAUGUAGCUACACCUCGUAAUGGGAUUACUACAUGCAGUGAUCUCUGAGGAGCACCCAAAACAUUAUGGGAACAAGAAACUCUGUGAAAUAGGCCUGCUGUUUACAUGAGGUAAUAUUACCAUAAGUUCUCCUGGAAGACAAACCCAAGUGCAUAGGGGAAAAAACUGAGUAACAAAUUCGGAUAAUGAAAGCUCUGUUUGUCAAAUGCUACCUGGAGUAUUACCCUGAAGUGACAGAUGUGUCAUUGAGAUUUGUUGACCAAAUUAUUUCUUUGAGGAACCACUAAUGUCAUUGAGAACCUUCUUUGAUGCAGGUGGCUCAAGGCAAUGGUGGAGAACCUGUAGGGCUCUGGUAGUUUUAGACUGCAACUUGCUUCAUCCCUGAGCCCCAUUCCUAUGAUAAUCUAAAGCAGACUUUCCCAACCUGGUGUCAGCUUGGACCACAGUUCUCAUUAGCUCUGCCCAACACGGCCAGUGCUCAGGAAUAAUGGAAGUUAUAGUCAGUCAUACCUUCCAUCCAAAAGGCCACAGGUCCCCCCUACAUUUGCUGAUCUUUUUUAACCAAGCUGUUGGCUUUCUUUCAUUCCCUCAGCUUGCCACCCAUGCAUACUUGCUUUUUUAAAAAAAAUAACACCCUCCAUGUAUACUGAUUGGGUGAAUGAACAGAAGGCGCUAACCUGAAACUAGAGUCGGCAGAAUGCUGUUUGAGUGCAAUAUGUAUAUUUCCUUAACUCGCAACGUGUACAUUUAACAUGUAAAAUGCCACAGGACAUUCUCAAAUGCAUUAUUUUUUACCAGGGAUGUAUAGUGAAAAGUCGGGGAGAUAAAAGUUACACGACAGCAGUGAAGCAAACUGUGUUGUUUGCAGUUGUUAUUAGCUGCUGGUAUUUUUGGGAAUACAUAUAUAUAUCUAUCUAUAUAUGCAUAUGUAAUUUAAACUAUUUUUGGCUAUGUACAGACAUUUUGAGGAUGAAUUGGUUUGUGGCUUCUUCAGAUCUGCUUUCUGAGGAAGAGUUUUAAUGAACUGAAUGACAAUCAUGACCAAAAUGUUGGUUACUGGUGUAUAUUUCAUUCUGGGGGCGGGAUAGCUUGCCAGGGUGGGGCAGUUGUUCUUUGCACUGAUAGCUUGCAAGUCGUUAACUCUUAAUUAUGUACUGUACAAAAGUAUGUUUGAACAGCAUACAAUGGUCAAAAAUGCAUCAAGAUGCUGCCGCGAUUGGAACAUUUUGUUCCCUGGUCUUGUUGGAAUGUUAUUGAUAACAUCAAGCGAGACCCAUUCCCAGUGGAAUGAUUGGAUCAGUGCACAUUUUUGCUCUCUUGGCUAUUUAGGUUGCAGUCCUAUGCACACUUAACUUGGGAGUAGCACCUCUGAAAAUCAUAGGAUUUACUUCUGGGGAAAGCAUGCCGAAGAGUGUGUAUUUUAAAAAGCCAAUUCUAUUCCAGAAAAUGGACAAAGAGGGAGGAAGACUAUUGUACAGUACAAAAGUAUAUUUUUGGAUGUUAAAGAUUUUUCUUUUCCUUCUCAGAUGUUGGGUUUCUAAAAAAAUAACACCCAUACCACUGGCACUUCCAGUAUUUUCAGAGUGGAGAAAGAUUUUGCGUUAGAGGAAUUGGUGCUAAUAAGACAACACACUUCCAAUUAUAGAAGUGCUUUACAAUACCAAGGGAAAACCUUUUGCCUCCUCCAGAAGAUUUCAUUAGGAUGCUUAAAAAAAAAAAAAACCAAGAAGAGGGAAAAUUGCUGCUUACGUUUUGUGUUACUGCUCAUCUUCCAUGUUUUUGUCACUAGAAAAUUGAUUUCAAUAAUAAUAAAAAUUAUUCCGUCUGAGUUUCUCACAA